AUGGAGGAGGAACGAGGCCCGGCUUUUGCUCUCCGUCUCCUCCCUUCUUUCCUUCCCUCGCUUUUCGGUGACGCCUGGCAGGAACCUUCCCGGAACGAGUCCUUCCCGUUCCGUUCCAAGGCGGGGAGGAAAUCGGUUCCCAGGGCAGAGUACAGCUGUUGCCCGUCACCCUCCACACCCCACCUCCGCUUUGGUUUGAUUGACACCCACUCCUCCUUUUGUGUUUUCCUCCUUCUCCUUUUCCAGCCCAUUGAGCCCGGCGAGGAGCUGCUGGUCUGGUAUAAUGGGGAAGACAACCCGGCCAUAGCCGCCGCGAUCGAGGAAGAGCGGGCCAGCAACCGGGGCAAGCGCAACUCCCCCAAAGCCAAGAAAGGGAAGAAAAAGAACCAGGAGGCGAAAAACAAAGGCAAGAAAGCCAGGGACAAGAAACAGGAAACUGUUUUGGAUUUGACUCCUGUCGACAUGAGGGAGCCCAAUGAAGGUCAUAAGGAGGAGGCGGAGGAGGACACCCCCUCGGUUUCUGCAGCACUGUUGCUGGAGCAGACGGCGGUCAUCCAAGAGAUGGUCAAUCAGGAUGCGCUUCCGGAUUUGGUGGCCUCUGGCCUGGCUGGCGAAUCGCGCCCGCUGCCUGUGGACCAACUCAGUGCGAUGACGUCUGGGUCCAAUGUUACGGGGGAGCAGGGGGAAGGCUCCGAGGGCGGCGAGGACCCUGAGGACAAUAUGGGGGAGGAAGAGGAGGAGGAAGAGCCAGAGGAGGAAGAAGAAGAGGAAGAAGAAGAGCCAGAGGAAGGAGACGUCGAGCUGCCGAAAGAAAGCCCUGACCCCGAACCGGUCUCCGUUUGUGAAGACAAGCUGGAGUUUGCGGAAGAGCCGAGCGGCACAUCUGACGACUCGCCGGAGAGCUCUCCGAAGAAGAAGCCGGCUGCGAAGGGUCCCAAAGGCAGAGGCGAGUCCGGCGGCAGGACGUUCAUGUUCCCCUGCCAGCACUGCGAGCGGAAAUUCGCCACGAAGCAAGGCCUUGAGCGGCACAUGCACAUCCACGUCUCGGCGAUUGGUCACGCUUUCAAGUGCCGCUACUGCGGGAAAGCCUUCGGCACGCAGAUCAACCGCCGGCGGCACGAGCGGCGGCACGAGGCCGGACCCAAACGGAAGCCGGUCACCGCGGCGGCCCAGCCUCCCGAAGGAGAUGCCGUAGACCCCAGAGUUGUCGAAGAUGUCAUUAGUGAAGAAAUUAAUGCCACGCCGGACUUGGCUGCCGCUGAGCCGGAGAAGAUUACUGCAGAAACUCCAAACUCUGUUUCUGCGGAGGAGAUCAAGGACACCAAAGAGCUGCACCCUUGCAAAUAUUGUAGGAAGGUGUUUGGGACGCACACCAACAUGCGGCGGCACCAGCGGAGGGUCCACGAGCGCCAUCUCAUCCCCAAAGGCGUCCGGAGAAAACCGGAGGAGCCGCAACCCCCCGCGGAGCAGGCCCAACAAGCCUCGAGCGCGUACGUGGCGAGCACGGACCUGGAGGAAGAAGGCGAGGCGGACGACGUGUACAUCAUGGACGUCUCCAGCAACAUAUCCGAAAACCUCAAUUAUUACAUCGACGGCAAGAUCCCGUCCAGCACCAGCACGAGCAAUUGUGACGUCAUCGAAGUGGAAUCGAGCUCCACCGAACUGUACGGGAUAAACUGUUUGCUCAGCCCCGUCGCAGUGGAAAUAACCCCCAACAUAAAGGCAUCGCCACUGCACCCGGCGGAAACAUCGAAGGAGUUGCCGGCCGGCGGAAGCUCCGAACUGAAGAAGAGGAGGACGGCGAGCCCUCCUCUCCUGCCAAAGAUCAAAACCGAGUUGGAGCUGGAGCCCAUAACGUCGUUGUGCUCGUUGACGAUUCCUCUGACGAUAUCGACCGCCGAAAGCUUGCCAUUCCCCAAAGAGAAAAGUAUUUAUUUGUCGUCCAAACUGAAGCAGCUCCUCCAGACGCAGGACGGCAACAAAGCGGUGCCGUCUCCACCGUUGCCGUCGGCCGAAAUGCCCAAGCUGGGGCACCCUGCUGGGUCGCCGCCUCUCCUGCCCACAGCCUCCAGCAGGUUCAAGAGGAGGACCAGCUCCCCUCCCAGUUCACCCCAGCACAGCCCAGCCCUUCGCGACUUCGGCAAAGCCGGGGAAGGCAAACCCGUUUGGAACGACGCCGUUCUGGGCUCGAAAAUCCCCAAGUUGGAGAGUCACAGUAACUCGCCUGUGUGGAGCCUGUCUGGGAGGGAAGAAAAGGAGACGGCGAGCCCUCUGUGCUUGGAUGAAUACAAAGCACCAAAAGACUGGGCACCAGCUCCUUCUUUUGGCAACGUCUGUAACCAGCAGCCUCUGGACUUGUCCAGUAGCAUGAAGCAGCGGUCAAACGGCAAGAACAGGGCUCAAGUUCCCUGGGAAUCGGUGUUAGAUCUCAGCAUCCACAAAAAGCCGUGCAGUGACACGGAUGUCAAGGAAAGCAAUGCGCCAUUGCCAUCGUGUAGUACGGUGAAGAAGAAGCCCACCACCUCCAUGUUACAGAAAGUGUUGCUCAACGAAUACAACGGCAUGGAGUCCGCCGCGGAAAAUCCCGCACCAGAAACGAGUCCUAGCAAAAAUUUGGGCCUCUUAACGGAAGCACAUCCAGAGCCAGAGGCUGAUGCUGGUUUUCCUGUGGCAGUUGUUGAGUCGGCUUCCCCCAAAACCUCUACUGAGACAUCGGUAUCGACUGUGCCGCCUCUCCUGAUGCCGACGAGCCCUCCUUCCCCGCCGCCCUGUCCGCCUAUGUUAAAGAUCCCGACACCGCCUCCGCCUUUGCUCCCGACCGUUACGUCUCAGGUCCCGGAAGAGCCCAACAGCAUCGGUCCAAGUCCAUGCCCGUCCCCGCUGUCCAAUGCCACUGCGCAAUCUCCUCUUCCAAUCCUUUCUCCUACCAUUUCAGGAUCUCCCAUUCCUUCUGUUGAACCUCAUAGCUGUCCUUCACCCGGACCCCCCACCCUCUCCUCCUCCUCCUCCUCCUCCUCCUUUUCCUCCUCCUCUUCCUCCUCUUCGUCGUCUUCGUCUCCUUCUCCUCCUCCUCUGUCUGUAGUCUCUUCCGUCCUUUCCCCUGGCGACAACCUAGAGAAUUCAGUCUCCACAAUGUCAACAUUCAAGCAAGAAGAGUUGGAAAACGAUACCCAAAAGCCAAAUGAAGUCCCGCACGGCUCGAAUGAAGCCGAGACCAGUCAGGAACCCUUUAGCAAGAAUUUUGUCUGCAACGUCUGCGACUCGCCAUUCCUUUCCAUCAAAGAUCUCACCAAACACUUAGUGGUUCAUGCCGAGGAGUGGCCCUUCAAAUGCGAGUUCUGCGUCCAGCUCUUUCGGGAGAGGUCCGACUUGUCGAAACACCGCUUCCUGCUCCACGGCGUUGGGAAUAUCUUUGUCUGUUCGGUCUGCAAGAAAGAGUUUGCUUUCUUGUGUAAUUUGCAGCACCACCAGCGAGACCUCCACCCGGACAAAGAAUGCACCCACCAUGAGUUUGAGGGUGGGACCCUACGGCCACAGAACUUCACAGAUCCCAGCAAAGCCAACGCCGAGCUCAUGCAGAGCCUCCCCGAGACGUCUUCGGAGCCCCCGAAAGAGGAAGAAGACGAUGAGGAACUGAACGAUUCCUCGGAGGAACUUUAUACAACCAUCAAAAUCAUGGCUUCCGGCAUCAAAUCCAAAAACCCGGAUGUCCGCAUGGGGCUCAAUCAGCACUACCCGAGUUUUAAGCCCCCUCCUUUCCAGUAUCACCACCGGAACCCGAAUGGGAUCGGAGUCACGGCUACGAACUUCACGACUCACAACAUCCCGCAGACAUUCACCACCGCUAUCCGCUGCACCAAGUGCGGAAAGAGCGUAGACAACAUGCCGGAGUUGCACAAACAUAUCUUGGCUUGUGCAUCGGCCAGUGACAAAAAGCGGUACACACCCAAGAAGAACCCCGUGCCGCUAAAGCAAACCAUUCGGCCUAAGAACGGCAUUGUCCUUCCGAGCCCGGCCGGGAGCAACGCAUUCCGGCGCAUGGGUCAACCCAAACGGCUCAGCUUCAGUGUCGAGGUGAGCCGUAUGUCCUCCAACAAGCUCAAAAUUAGUGCGCUGAAGAAGAAAAACCAGCUUGUCCAGAAGGCCAUUCUGCAAAAGAAAAAAUCCCAGCAGAAGGCGGAGCUGAAAAACAGCGUGGUGGAGCCCAACUCGCACAUUUGCCCCUACUGCAACCGGGAGUUCACGUACAUCGGAAGCUUGAACAAGCACGCUUCCUUCAACUGCCCCAAAAAGCCUGCGUCGCCUUCCUCGAAAAAGAAAGCCAAAAAGAAAAACAAGGCCGUGUCUCUUUCCGCCAGCGAGAAAAGCAGCAACCAGCGCCGGCGGACGGCAGAUGCCGAGAUCAAGAUGCAGAGCCCACAGGCUCACUUGGGCAAAACCCGUGCCCGGAGCUCCGGGCCUUCACCCGUCUCACUGCCGCCGGCGUCAUUCAAAUUGAAGCAGAGCAUCAAAUUUGUGCCGGGCGGUAAAUCCAAAAAGCUCAGCGCUCCGGCAGCAACAAAGAGCGCCAGUCUCACAAAAGUGACCAAAAUGCUUCCGGCGGAGGGCAGGAAACCCAAAGGGCUGACCAAAAACGGGGCUUCGGGGCUCCCCGGCAAAAGCACCUGCAAACUGCAUGUCCGGAUUCAGAGGAACAAAGUGACUUUGGCUAACAAGGCCGCUGUGGCUGGAAAGAAGAAGCCGGACCGCUUCAGAGCCAAGUCGAGGGAGAGAGUCGGGGGGCCCGUCACCCGGAGUUUGCAGCAAGCCGCGAGUCCGGAGGCGGCCGAGGGCAAGAAGGAAGAAACCGGCACAAAACCAGAGCCGAAAGAGUUCAGGAGCCCGCUCUGACGAACCCAUGCAUGCGAGGGCCUCCCAGUUUCUCAACCGUCGGGCUCAAAACGGUUGCAAUCCUCACCUUGAAAGGCGGGCGGAGUCCCGAGGCCCGGAAGUCCCCCCCGUGGGCACAAGACCCAUUUGGGGCCAAACGCCGGACUCCUUGGAGCUGUGCUGGCCGCUUGGGCGUUCCGGGCCUUGCUUCGCUCGGCCUUUGGCGACGGACGUGGAUCAAACUCUCCGGCUUGCUUUCAGGAAGGACGAAAAGCAUCAAGACCCUCCCCGGACAUCUUGUUCAUACUUGGGGGGCUUUUGGGGUGGAACGAGAGGGUUCUUUGGACCGUUUGGGUGCCCGAAACAGCCUCUCCGCUGUAUAGCACAAACCCAUACACAGAGAAGGUCACUGACGGUAUCGGAUCGCGACCCUCCUUUCCUACUAUUAUUAUUCUACUUACUAUUGUUCAUCCAGAACUGUAUUUUCUCUCUUUUGGAGGAACUAGCUUUUUCCCCCCCAAAAAAGUUGGUUAAAUAAAAAUAAAACACUUUAGUUUUGCUCGUGCACCCCUUUGUUUCAACACCGCUGACAAAAAAGUAAUCUACCUCUUUACAAUUUGCAGUUUUCCUCUUGAGUUUGGCGAUCCGGUGCCACGUUCACUGUCAUUCCCUUUUCUUACCGUGUUACGUUUUUUCCUCCGUUGGAUGAGGAAUUCUGCAUCGAACCGAUGUGUAUGUGUAUAUAUAUAUAUAUAAAGCCUUUGUAGCAGGUUUUGGAGGGGUCUUUGUUUGUUUAAAAAUAUAUUUAAAGCUAUUUAAAAUGGUUUCCGGACACCUUCGGUUGUGUGAUUGACAUUUCGAGAUUGUUCCAGUUUCUGUUUCUUUUUCCCUUUUGCGAUUAUUCAAUUGUAAACGAGGAAAUUUCCAAUUUGCCAUAAAAAAAAGAGGGAGGGAUCGCCCCCAAAGGUUGUCAUUGUUUUUUGGAAAUGGCGUUGUUGCAUUUGUCUGAAAUAUAACCAUGCAGGCGA